UCCGUCACUCGAGGCGUGACACCUCAUCGCGUGAGCUCUCAUCAGCUUUCGAUCGCGUCGCGGAUCGCCACCCAGGUCGACUACCACCAGGUGGACUUGCCCAGCCGGAUCCUAUCAUCAUCGGUUCCACUGACCCCCUUUCUGUCGCAGUCAUGGCCACCAACACUGGUGGCAGCAACUCUUCUUCCACCUCGCCUGUGAGGUCCACACUCGCUCCACCGCGGUCAGCCGAGCGCAGCGGCGGCAGUGGGGACGAGGCAGGGUCGCGGGCGGAGGAGGCGGCGGAUACGUCUCAUAGCCCCUCUCGGCAUGGUAGGAUUGGCACUACCUCCACUCUGGCUCCCCCUCGCCCCUCUCACCCGACAAGAAAGAGCUCAGGCGGCUCAGCUGCCGGCGGCAGCAUCAAGCCUCGCUCUAUCUCCUUCAAGCGCCGUGCAGCCCCAGGAGAUAGCGGUUUCAGCUCUGCCUUUGGCGGACCUGGUCAGCGGAGGAAUCUGAGUGGCUACCCUCGCAACUCUUUCGCUGCCGCUUCUCAGGCCGGAUCUGAAGCUCUGGCUCGAUGGAGGAACAGAAGGAGAACACAGACGCUUUCUGUCCGAGGUCCAGAGGGAGACCCGGAUGAUCCAAGCAGCUGGACAUACCCCGAACCCAAGAUUCCAUCUAUCCUGCCCAACUCGAGCGCUCCCGAUGCCACCCCCAUACCCUUGGUGCCCUUCACCGUGCUAUGUCUAUGCUGCUUUUCGGAGUUCUGCUCGGCCGGAGUUGCCGGUCCCUUCCUCUUCUUUCUUAUCGAGUCUUUCAACGUCGGAGGAGAGAGUGAUGUGGGGUUCUAUGCCGGAAUCCUCUCCUCUUGUUUCUUCUUCGCUCAAUUCCUCACCGCACUUCUCUGGGCCAGCAUCGCAGACAGGUACGGCAGGCGGUUGGUCCUCUUUGCCAGUCUGACCGGUACAACCAUCGCUCUCACCACCUUCGGUACAAGCAGUAACCUCAAAAUGGCAAUUGCCGUGAGACUGUGUCAGGGUCUCUUUGCGGGAAGCGUAGGAGUGGCAAAGGGAGCCGUACGUGAUCUGACGGACCCCACGAAUGAAGGAAAGGCCUACGCUAUCCUCGGAGCUGCUUGGGGAUUUGGCGGUAUCCUCGGCCCCAUCCUUGGUGGUGUCCUCGAGCACCCUGCUGACAAGUUCCCCGCCAUCUUCGGUGGGGUACAGCUCUUCAAGACCUACCCUUACCUUCUACCCUGCAUGUCGGGCGCCGCUUUCACCGGACUAGGCGCCUUCCUAUGUCUCUUCAUUGGGCCAGACGGUGGUCCUCGCCAAGGCAAAAUCAGGCUGGCGGGAGCAGAGGGUGAUCUCAACCCCGUUGCAGCUACAGUCGAAGACAUUGGCAACGGUAUCGAAAGUCUGUCACGUACUGCUACGAAGCGCAUUAGCGGCUACUUCUCCCAUACCGGCAGUGCCGAGGAAGCCGAAGGAGAAGCCUCGGACGCCAAUAUUGGCCUGGAGCAGACACAGCACGCCAGCAGCUCCGGACGCAAUCCUCUUCCUCGGACAUUCACACAGGAGGUAGACGAAGAGACUGGCGGUCCACCCUCACCAUUCGAAAACAGUGAUGAUGAGGGUACAGUCGGGCGCCGAUCGUCUCGCCAGAAUCCACCAUACGCCAGUAGCUUCGCCGACCCCAGUUGGCGCUUCUCUCGAACCGAAGAGAGAAAGAGGGGGAUCUUCGGUGGUGGCAGUGCAUAUGGCUACGAGCCUUCUGUGCUGGGCGGGCCACCUGCCCGGAGACCGUCGCAUGCAAGCAACAUGACCGGUCCUCAAGCAUUCGGGAGGUCUCAGCAGACAGGCAGGCAAGUUGUGAGCGGACCUGUUGGAGCGCGCUACUCGAUGGCACCCUCGGGAAUGGGGUCCGCCUUCAAUUACGCUCCAGACUUUGAAGCAGUGGGUGAGGAUGCAGCAUUGGCACCGGCUCCUCGGCUCAACUUUGCACAGCGCUUCCUGCUCGCCAACGAUGAUGCUGUCACUUCCAUCACCGACUUGUGGGUAGCGGCUGCAAUCAAUGCGGAUGAUACGUACGAUGUCAUCGAGGAUGACAUCGACUACGAAGAGGCCGAAGAGGACGGCAAUGAGAGUCAGGCACUAGAGCGGGACUCGAGCUACAGCGAGGAUGACGAAGACGAUGGCCAACGGGAGAGCAGCGAAGCCGGUGCAGGCCGUGCUCCCUACCUGCCCCCACUCAACUUUGCUCAGCGCCGUAUCUCAAGAGCGCCCGACGGAAGUAUGCUAUACCCUGGACGGCCGAGAUCAAUGAGGCUGGGCAGUAUCCAGCAAGGGCGUGUACCAUCUGUGUACGGCAACACUGGAAUUGAGUUGCCAGCAUCCUCACAUCUAGACGUCUUUCUUCCCUCGCCAGCUGGAGAGGGUAUGAGAAGUCCAGGAGGUGGUCAACAAGGUCAGAAUGUCCCAUGGCCGGGCAACACCAAUCGAGGAGGCAACUUUGACCCCACGCUUCUAGGCAUUCCAGAGUCAAACAGCAACCGAGGCACCAUCACACCCGAGGAGCGACAGCGACUUGCCAGCAGUGCACAGAAUGCCGCGGCGACGGGCGAGAAGUCUGCUGCUCCGAGUUUAUUUGCUCUGCUGCCGUUGACGAUCAUUGCGCACUAUGGUCUGCUGGCCUUCCACUCUGCCACCUUUGACCAGGUGUUCAUGGCCUUCCUCGUGACUCCCUUCCAGUCUGGCGGUCUGGGCCUGACGGCAACGCACUUUGCGGAGCUGAUUGCAGCCAUGGCCUUCUGCCAAAUUGGCUUCCAAUUCGGUGUCUACCCUUACUUGGGACCACCGCGAGGCCCCUUUUCACAUCUGGCAAUGAUGCGUCUGGGUACGAUGCUGUACCUGCCCGCCUAUACGCUCUUUCCGCUGCUGCGCAACUUCCUCAAGCCCGAUGGCGAUGCAUUGGUAAUGGCCUUCAUGAUCUUGUUUGCAUCUAUGCGUUGGUUGGCCAACAUCUGCGCGUUCACUGCCGUCAGCAUCCUGAUGAAUGCCCUCACCCCGCCCAACCUCGUACCUUUGGCCAAUGGACUUGCACAGACCACUUCGAGUGCGGCGAGGUUUGUAGGACCCCUCGUGGGAGGUGUGGUCUGGGCAAAGGGAAUCGACGGCGGGUGGGAGACGCACAAUUGGCCCUUCAAUUACCACGAGGGCUUCUGGUUCGUGGGAACGGUGGCCUUCCUUGGGUUCCUGCAUUGCACGCUCGUGCUCAAGUCAGCUCCUUCGAGUUAG